AUGCGGAACACUAGAAUUGGACGCUUUACGCGUGGAUACUUUUGCACAACUAUAGUUUUCCAUUUUCUUGCGUUUUUCUUUGGAGCUCAAAUUUUUAGUUUUGACACCUUCCUUUUUGCUCUUCUUUUAACUACCACUACAUUCUUACCUCUAAACAUCUCUUGUUCUGAAAGUGCUGAAAAAUUCUGGAAUUGUUGGGAUAAUUAUCCACAAACUAUUUCUCAAUUAUAUUCUAUACGUGUUGCUUUUGGUAGUUUAAUUGGUUCUUGGAUUGGUGUUUUUGUUGUUCCUUUAGAUUGGAAUCGUUGGUGGCAACGUUGGCCUAUUUGCUCCGUCUUUGGUUUAUUUAUUUUUUCACUUAUUGGUGUAUUGUCUGCUUAUUUCCGUCUAUUUACUAAUUAUCCAAUUAACAAGGCAAUUUCAAUUAAAAAUAUUUUUAGAAUUAUUUAA